AAUCCGCGCAAGCAAGCGUAGAGCGAGAAAGAGAGAGAGAGAGAGCGAGAGAUCGCGGCCCCGAAUUCUGCCACUCUACGGCUACCAAGUGUUCAGGAAAGAGACGCGAAGCGUCAAAAAUAUAAGAUCGAGUGAGAAUUGAAAAGAGAAGGCAGAAUCAGUAGGCUGCCUCUCUGGCUAGUCUUGUGUGAAACUUCCCGUGUACGAGUCUCCGAGUUGUUGACAAUUUCAUUAAAAAAAAAAGCACAAUGACGGAAGAGGACGCGAUGUUUGAUCCCAAACUCACAAAAAAGAAGAAGAAGAAGAAGACCGGCUUCGACUUGGAUGCAGCCAUCGCUGACAGUGGAAAUGUUGGCAUGGAUGCCAGCGAAAACUCCAAGGCAGAAAAAGAGAACAUGGAGGUGGAUCCAGCUCCAAUCGAGGACGACGAAGCGUUAGACCUGGAAAGCUUUGGAAAAAAGAAGAAGAAAAAGAAAAAGUUCAAUUUGGAGGAGCUGGAAGCUGCUUUGCCAGAAACAAAAAAAGAGGAAAAUAACGACAAUCAGGUUGAGGAAAACGAAGUUGAUGAAAUAGACUUGAAUCUUGACUUUACGAAAGAGAAAAAGAAGAAGAAGAAGAAGAAGGAUUUAGAAGAAUUAAUUGAAGAUAGGAAGGAGAAUGAAAACAAUGAGAAUGAGGAACCAAGUCAGUGGGUAGGAUCGGACAGAGAUUACACAUAUGACGAAUUACUUGCCCGAGUGUUCAACAUUAUGAAGGAAAAGAACCCUGACAUGGUCGCUGGCAAGAAACAGAAGUUUGUCAUGAGACCACCUCAGGUUGUGCGUAUUGGAACAAAGAAAACUUCCUUCUCAAACUUCACAGAGAUCUGUAAAACGUUGCACAGGCAACCGAAACAUUUACUGGACUUUUUAUUAGCUGAGUUGGGUACCAGUGGUUCAGUGGACGGUAACAGUCAGCUGAUCAUCAAAGGUCGUUUCCAACAAAAACAGAUAGAAAACGUUUUAAGAAGAUACAUCAAAGAGUAUGUAACAUGCCAUACGUGUCGUUCGCCUGAUACAAUCUUGCAAAAGGACACUAGGCUAUUCUUCCUUCAAUGUGAAACAUGUGGCUCGAGGUGUUCCGUAGCCAGUAUAAAGAGCGGUUUCCAGGCUGUUACCGGCAAACGUGCUGCGAUUCGAGCCAAAAACGCUUAAGAUUUUUUGCACAUUUUACCUCAUAUAAUAAUUAGUGUAAUUAAUUAAUUUGAUAAAAAAAAAAAAAGAAAAGAUUUUAAUAAAAUGAA